GAUUAGUAAUCAAAAGAAGAACAAACAAACAAUUGAAAUUAUCAGUAACAGAAUUGAGAGUAAUGGAAGUUCUGCAGAAUCUGUCACCUACACAAAAUUUGAGUUCAGCAUCAUGCAGAAUCAUAAGAGGAAUGAGAAUGGAAAUAGAACAACUGCAAUUAUUAUUAACAAAUAAAACUGGUUUACUGGAUCAGAAUGAGCCCUUCACAGAUAUUAAGAGGGAAAUAGCUGAACUACAAGAACAGAUAUCAUUAAUGAGUGUACAUAUACUAAAUAAAGGAGAGGAAAAUGAAAGUCAUAAACAUGUUAUUGCAGAAUGUAUAAAACUGACUGCAACUAUUACAUACACUGAAAGUGAUGAAGAGACAGAUGAAGAUGAUUAUAAACUGACCAAUGAUGCAAUUUUUAUUGCUUGUUGUGGAUAUUAUGCCAUAGGGGGUGAUGAAAUAUCAUUCAGUAAAGGAGAGCAGCUAGAGAUAUGUAACAAGUUGAGUACAUAUUAUUGGGAAGGAAGGUCCUUGGUAUCUGGUGAUGAGGGAGUGAUUCCUAGUAGUUGUGUUCACUCAAUAUUUGAGUCACUUCAUUUGUUAGAGUUUAUACUGUCAGUGGAAGAAGUGUCCCUUCCUAUUCUGCAUAAGAUAAAGAAUGAUGCAUCUAGUAAUGAUGAGAAAGUGUCUCUUUUCUUGGACAUUAUCAAUGAUGAUCCUAUGAUGAUUCCUGCCCUGAGACAAGACUGGGAACAGCAUGAGGAAGGUAGGAUUGGCUAUUUUAUUUGGUCACUAAUUCAGUAG